AUGGAUUUGUGGAAUUGGGAUGAAGCAUUGCCACAGGAAGUGCCUAUGGGGAACAGGCUCUGCUCCCAGCAGGGCGGAGCCGAGCUGGGCUUCUACUUCCCUGAAACGGCACCCCAAGGGGACAUGCUGACUGCGGACCCGUGCUGGAAAGAGCCCGCCCCUCAGGCCCUGCUGUGGCCGGGAGACUGGACGGACUUUGCCUCGGACCCGUGGAGUGCCCCUUCCCAAGCCCCAGGCCCAGUCGGCCCCGGCUUGGGCCCCGCUGCCUUCGCCGGCCCUGAAGGGGUGGGGGGUGUGCACUGCACCCCCAGCACGGCAGGGGCCCCAGCGUGGCCGCCGGCUCCAGCCGCUGGGAGGGUCGCCAGCUGGGACUGCUCGUGCGGCGCCUCCCGCGGAGGCCCGGGCCCUGGCGGCGCAGUGCCCAGUGCGGACAGCACCCCGGCUGCGGGCGAGCUGGUGGGCUUGGCUUGUUGCACCUCCACGGCCGCCUCCCCAGCCAAGCACGAGCAGACUUCAGAUCGCACCAGGCCCUCGGAGCCCAGUCAGCGGGCGGACCGGCCCCCUUUGACUUGCCACCCCCAAAGUAACCCCCGAGGUCCCAUUCAGCUGUGGCAGUUCCUGCUGGAGCUGCUCCGGGACGGCGCGCGGACCAGCUGCAUCCGUUGGACAGGCAACAACCGCGAGUUCCAGCUGUGCGACCCCAAAGAGGUGGCGCGGCUGUGGGGGGAGCGCAAGAGGAAGCCGGGGAUGAACUACGAGAAGCUGAGCCGGGGUCUGCGCUACUACUACCGCCGCGACAUCGUCCUUAAGAGCGGAGGGCGCAAGUACACGUACCGCUUCGGGGGUCGCGUGCCGGGCCUUGCCUAG